AUGAAGACUUUAAGAAUUGUAUUUGCUUUGGCAUUGGCCUGUUUGGCUAAGGUUGAAGCAGGUCCUUGUGGCACAUGUGGAGGAUAUCCAUUCCUUCCAGAUCCUUAUCUAGAACUUUCUUUGGCACCACCACCAUGUUCACUUCCACUUCCACUCCCUUCUUUACCACUGCCAGCACCGCCAUGCUUCCUUCCACCACCACCGCCACCAUGUUUACCAUUACCACCAUUACCACUUCCACUUCCUUGCUUACCGCCACCACCACCACCACCUCCAUGCUUCCUCCCACUUCCUUGUGCACCACCACCAGCGUUAAUACCAGUUCCUCUAGCACCUCUACCUUAUUUCUCUAUUCCACCAUUAUGUCCGCCUUCUCCACCAUUAUCUCCACCUUGCUACUGUUAA